AUGGCUGAUCCUCAGGAGGGAUCCGAUAUUGGGCAUGUGUACGUCGAAGCCGAAGCACAAACAUAUUUAGGUCCGGUUGCCGUAGUGCUGCCGUUGGCUAAUCACUGCCCACUGCCUACUAUGCUCGAGACUGUGAUGACGAAAAUAACGAUAAGGACGACCCCGCUGAACACACAUUCAUCUUUAUCGCAAAUAAAUAAAAGAAGGCUCGAGAUUGGAGUAGACAUAGAAGCAUUUCGAGUUAACGACAGAAGGUUCGAGUGCAUUGGCAACGAAGUCACCAUGGACGACCAGGUCCUCAACAAACGUCGACGGCACCUGCUCGAUGAAGAGUACACGGAAGAUGCCGACAUGCUGCAACAGGCCUUCGCGACCAAACUGUCACAAUCCAUGCGGCUGCCCGACGAAGACGAUGAAAAUCUUAUUCGAGAGACUCAGGCGGCAUUCAUAACACUCUCAGGAAGUUGGUCCAGGGACCAGCCUAGCGGAAACAGUGGUGACGAAAACGACGGCAAUGAUUUCGAUCACCUUUUUGAUGAUAGAAGAUCCGAUAAAAUGCUCCCUUCCUCGCCCUCACAAUCAUCGGAUAGCGCCGACGCUUCCCAAAAAAGUUUUAUGAUGCAUAAUAUAAACGAAGAACAUAAUAACGGGGAAAUCAGCGAAGAUAAUAAACCACCAACGUUGUUCACUGACCGAGAAAAAAGCGUCGAAGACGAUAGACACAGUCGGUACUCCAAUCAUUUCGAUGGUCCUAAUUUUGACGAACUCGUAGAUUCGUCCUCGAAUGAACUAGAAAUAGAUAUGUCGGAUCAAAUCGAUGAUAAAUACGACGACGAUAACGACAUGAAACAUAAACGAAAAAGCGAAAUGCUCACCGUUAACAAGCAAUCACUUUACAACGCGUACAAAGCAGCGACGGCGGCUUUACCGUUUUCCACGCAGUCUGCGUUUAAACCCCCGGCGGAAGUGAAACAUAAAAUACCGGGGCCGUCGUUCCCCAGCGAGCCUUUCGGCGGAUACUCGAACGAGCACGAAAAGAGUUCAGCGGCAAAGGUAUCUAAGCAGUACACCGUGCUGCAGCCGGCGGGCGUCGGCUCACGCGCCGCCACCGCGCUGCAGGAGGCGCGCGCGCUGCCCUCCACGCAGCCCGCGCGCGACUCGCGCACGUACUCCGCGCUCUCGCCGCCGCCGCCGAGAGAAGGCAACAAGUGUCCCACUCCAGGCUGCAAUGGGCAGGGUCACGUCACUGGUCUUUAUACACACCAUAGAAGUCUGUCAGGAUGCCCAAGAAAGGAUAAAGUCACCCCCGAGAUUUUGGCGCUGCACGAGACGAUCUUGAAGUGCCCUACGCCGGGCUGCAACGGGCGCGGUCACGUCAGCUCUAACCGCAGCACGCACCGCUCGCUCUCCGGCUGCCCCACCGCUGCCGCGCGCAAGGCCGCCGCCAGGUCGCAGCGAGCCAGGCCACCAGUAGCAACAUUGCCGCAUACAUCAAUAACAACAGCAACAACAAGCAUCGAUUCGAAUACUGCGCGUGAACGCGAAAGAGAAAGGGAACGAGAACGAGAACGAGAACGGGAAAAGGAAAGGGAGAAACAACGAGAGCAAGAACGUGAACGUGAACGUGAACGUGAACGAGAAAGGGAACGAGAAAAAGAACGUGAACGCGAACGAGAACGCGAGCGGGAAAGAGAACGUGAAAGAGAACGCGAGCGUGAAAAGGAGCGGGAAAUCGAAGCAGAACGAGUCCAAGCGGCGGUGCCGCCAAGUUCUGAAGUGAAAAGCGAAGCGCCCGAGCUGCUGGUGCCGAAGCGCGAGGCCGCCGAGCCCGAGCGCGACUCCCCCGGCGGCAUGGAGACGCGCCAUGCAGGGUACGGCGCGCCGCCCGACCAGCGCUCGCCAUACGAUCGCCCGCCGGACGACCACGUACGCUCCUACAGCCAAAUGAACGAAGCGCGCUACGGCUAUGAGCCACGGUGCUACGAGGGCACCCCAGCAUUCGAGCGCUACGAGCCAGCGCAAUGUCCGCAGCGCCCGUACGGCUGGGAAGACGAACGCUACCACGACCCACACCUACCUACACCAAUGAAGACCGAUCAGUCCGAACAAGAGACCAGUUCCGGCCCCAUAUAUCCAAGACCAAUGUACCACUACGAAGCCAGUAGCGGCGUAGCGAGUGUGGGCGGUGUGGGAGCCAUGACGCCCGGCGUGCCGCCUGGCUUCUCCGCUAUCAAUCUUUCUGUGAAGAUCGCCGCGGCGCAGGCACAAAGACCACGUAGCCCCACGCCGAGGGACCCGCGCGACCCUCGCCCGGCCAUAGACCUGUCCACUUCCAAUGGUAGUCCACAGGGUCCGUACGCGUCCCCGGUGUACACGAGCGCCGGUAGCGGCGCCGGGGGCGGGCGCGGCAGCCCCCCGCCGGGUGCGUCGCCCCAGCUCACGGCCAGCCCACAGGUGCCCAGUCCGCAGGGUCAGACCCUCGACCUUAGUGUGUCCCGUUUACCACAUAGCCGCGGCUUUCCAGGCGGCGUGUCGUACAGCCGGGAGUCGACGCCGGACAGCGGCGGCAGCCAUCCCUACUUAGAAGCAUAUCAUAGAGAUGCUGCUGGUUACGGUGGCGUGAGUCCGCACCCGGUGGCAGGGUACGGGCUUGGGCAGGGCGAGUACGCGGCGGCAGCGGCAGCAGCGGCUGGCUACGGCGGCUACCAGUACCAGUGCGGCUAUCCCCCGCCCACCUACCCGCACGCGCCGCCCUACUCGCCACCCUGCUACAUGCCGCCACCGCACGCGCCACACGCCUCCCACGCGCCCCACGACAAGCCUAAAGACAACACUAUGUACAUGUGCAGCCUGUCGGGCUGUCCGCGAGCCGACCGCUCGCAGCUGCAGCCGCACUCGCAGGAGCUCAAGUGCCCCACACCGGGCUGCGACGGCUCCGGACACGUCACCGGCAACUACUCUUCGCACCGCUCGCUCUCCGGCUGCCCGCGAGCCAACAAGCCCAAGAGCAAGCCAAGGGACGGACAAGACUCGGAGCCACUCAGAUGCCCUAUACCGGGCUGUGACGGAUCUGGACACGCGACAGGGAAAUUCUUAUCGCAUCGGAGCGCUUCCGGCUGUCCGAUAGCGAAUAGGAAUAAAAUGCGGGUGUUGGAAAGCGGCGGCACGGUGGAGCAGCAUAAGGCGGCGGUCGCUGCGGCCGCCUCCGCCAUUAAGUUCGACGGCGUCAACUGCCCCACGCCUGGCUGUGAUGGCUCCGGUCAUAUAAACGGCUCCUUCCUUACGCACCGCUCCCUGUCCGGGUGUCCCGUCGCGGGCUCGUCCACGCCCACCCCGCAACCCAAAAAGGCGAAAUACCCAGAUGACAUCACGCCUUUAUACCCAAAACCAUAUUCAGGUAUGGAGAUGAACAUGCAAACCGGAAAUGGCGAAGACCUUAUGACUCUCGAACAAGAAAUAACAGAACUCCAGAGAGAGAACGCCCGCGUCGAAUCGCAAAUGAUUCGACUGAAGUCGGAUAUCAACGCGAUGGAAACCCACCUCAGUCACGGUGAACGGGAGAACCAGCUGAUAUCCCAGCGGAACAACAACCUCAAUGAAUAUUACGAGAGCCUCCGCAAUAACGUUAUAACAUUACUCGAACACGUGCGGAUUCCGGGUGGCGGCACGGUACCCGUAACGAACGCCGGAGGAACGCCCGGUGCCCCACCUCCACCCGUGCCCGGCGACAAGCCCGCACACGACAACUUCGACUCCUAUCUCACCAAGCUACAGACCCUCUGCUCUCCAGACGGCUACUGCCCCGAUGAGAACCGCCCGAUUUACGAAACAGUGAAAAACGCGCUCCAAGACUUCACAGUGCUACCAACCCCCAUUUAAGGUUCAACAAGCGCCGCCGAAACUGAGCGACAAUAAAUACAUUGUCUGGCUCAGAUCGACGGAGCUUACACGGUGAUAUAAAAAGACAUAGUGAAAUUUAUUAAGAAAAUUUGAACGUUUAGCUAUUAGCCAAAGAUUAUAAACUUUCAAAGAAAAACGGUUAAAGCAGUGAAUAUUAUGUGUGUAAGACUAUUUAUAUUGUAUAAUGCACCCGAAUACUUAAGAUUAUAUUCGGACGUUAUGUGUUCUGCUUAGGUAACAAUGUUUUGUGAACCAUUGUAUACGAUGUGUGACUUGUCUUCGACGUACACACAACACUCUAUAAUCUUUCGAAUAUAUAAAAAAAACUAAAGAAGGACUUAUAGUAAGACUUAAAUAAAAUUUAAACAUUGUUACUCGUAUAUGCUUAACAUGAAACUAAAUGUUAGGAAAAAAUUUAUACUAUUGCAUAUAAGUGAUUUAGUAU